GAUAGCACGUUUACUGUAAAGGCCAUCGCUAAAUCAUAAUAAUUGACCAUGUCCAAUCUUAAGCAGGAUUUGGAUGAAUAUUUGCUAUUACAAAGCGAUCAGAAAAAGAAUUUCAAUGUAAAGAUACCACAAAUAAAGGUGCCCAGUUUGGGUAGUAUAUUUUCCCGGAAUUCAGAGCCCGAGGCGAACAGUUGGCUAAAGGAUACACAGGACUCUUGCUGUCCCAAAUUGUCUCGAUUGCAGCGAAUAGUUGGCUUCGUGGCUUGCCUUGGAAUGGGCGGCCUCUGUAUGACUCUCUCGACAUUGUACAUUCCAGUUCUUAUCCUAAAAGCACGCAAAUUCGCAUUACUCUACACACUGGGCAGUCUAUUCUUUAUAUUGAGCUUCUGUUUCCUAACCGGCUUUGGUGCAUUCCUCAAACAGAUGUUCUCGAAACCCAGACUAACGACAUCAAUCUCGUACAGCUCAUGCCUCCUGUUGACCCUCUAUUGUGCUCUGGUGGCCAAAAGCACUGCCUUCACCGUCCUCUUUGCGGUGGCACAAAUAAUUGCCUUACUCUUCAUGGUUGUGGGCAUGGUGCCCGGGGGCACUACUGGGCUCAAAUUCUUUGGCCAACUAUUCAAAAGUGGCGUAUCAAGUGCCACCUCAUCGAGUGCUUUGCCCGUUUGAGUGACCAUCGAUCGAAAUGAUACACAAUAAAUGAAAUAACCUGACUAAGUUAUAGUAUACAUAUGUAUA